CCUGAGAGAGCCGCCGGUCGCCCGGCUAGAGGCGAGGCGCGCUUCACACGGGGCAGCAUGGUGGGCGGCCGGCGCGAUGGAGCCGUCUGAUGCGUGGGACCCGUACAGCCGGCCGGCCCGCCGAACCCAGUGGUUGAUCAGCGCCCUGGCUUACCACUACGGGCUGGACCGGGGCGUGGAGAACGAGAUCGUGGUGCUGGCCACGGGUUUGGACCAAUAUUUGCAGGAGAUCUUCCACCACCUGGACUGGGAGGGCGAAGGCAGGAUCCCUGGCGAGGAUUUCCGGACCCUCUGCCAGGUGUUGGGGCUGGAGGAGGAGGCGGCCGCCGACCCUGAGGAGUGCGCCGGCCUCUGCGAGAACCUCUCGGCCGACCUGACUUUCCGGCAGUUCCAUGCCAAGCUGUGCGGCUACUUCAGCACCAAGGCCGGGUGCCAGGCGCAUGGCCAGGGCAUGGGGGUGGCGCGCCUGCCGGUGGGCAAGGAGAGUGAGCACAUCGAGACCCAGAUCCGCCUGCGCAGCCCGCUCCGCCGCCGCAAGGAGAAGGCAGCGGCGGGACCCCCCAAGGGCGGCCGGAGUAGCAGGAGCAGCAGCGGGGUCCGGGGGGCGGCCUCUCCUCCGCCCUCCCCGCUGCCUCCGGGGUCGUGCUCCAGGGAGUGCUACGAGGAGAUCGUGGCGCUGGAGCAAGCCGAGGACCGGAUCGUCAAGCUGGAGGAGGAGAACGCCAGCCUGCGCGAGCUGGUGGAGGACAUGCGGGCGGCUCUGCAGAGUAGCGACGCCAGGUGCUUGGCGCUGCAGGUAGGACUGUGGAAAAGCCAUGCUAAUCAUAAGAAAAAUGGUACCUGCUUUAUACAUAAUCGGAGAUUAUUAACACACAGCCAGUCCCAGACUUCCAAGUGCCUUCAAAGUGUUCUAAAGGAAGUGGAACUAAUCCGGAAUUCUAGGGAUGGACAAAUUGAAGAAGCAAUUAGGUUUAAUCAAGAAUUGGAAAAGGAGCUGAGGAGUUCUCAGGAAGCCGUGGUCAUCCUGGAAGACAGCAAUCACAGCUUAAAGAGGGAGCAAGCUGAAAUGAGAAAGAAGGUUGAAGAAGCAAGGCAGGCGGUUCUUAACAGCCUUGGAAAAGUAAAACAGCUAGAAGCUAAAGCCAGCGAAGUGCCGCAUUUGCAGAUAUAUAUCCAGCAACUGGAAUCAGAACUACAAUAUUAUAGGUCGGACAUCUUGAAGGUCCAGCUUCCGAUACCAGGCAGCCUAGAGCAGAAGGCCAGCCCAGCAGUGAAUGGGCAAUACUCCUCAUCAGUUGUUCAUCAACACAGAAGUUCACCCACUGGUGGAGCAGGAGUAUCAGAGAAUGUGGAAGAUCAGAUGUUUCGUUCAGUGGAAGGCCAGGCAGCAUCUGAUGAGGAAGAAGAGAGAGGGAAUGGGGACCAGCCCUCCCAGGUGGCUGAAGUGAAGAAACUCUUAGCCAGACUUCCCUGCUGUAGUAGCGGAUGUGAUGAUCCUGUCGUGAAGAAGCUGAUGUCCAAUUUUGCCAGCAGUAGCAGAGAUGAGAAGGUCAUCGUGGAACUAGUCAAGAGACUCUCAAAGCUGAUGGAAGAGCUUGAGACAAAAGGGCAAGAAGUGAAAAAGCUAGAAAUAAAUAUGGAAGAGAUGAAAGGCCCAUUGCUAGGGGAACUGCAGCAGAAGAUGGAGGAGACUGAAUUGCUGAAGAUGGAGUUGCAGAUGUUGGAAACAGAAAGAGUAAGGCUGUCAUUGGUGGAAGAAAAGCUCUUGGAUGUAUUACAGCUUCUUCAGCAGCUUCGGGAUCUGGUAUGGAAAGAAGAGAAUAACAUAUCUAAGCGAGCCCUGGGGAAGAUUGUACUCAGCACUUUGGAAUCUUGCUGUGACCCACAACAUGGAAAGCCACAUAUUUUUGAAGUCCUCGAUACUCUCUACCAUGAACUGACUGCCUGCGAACUCAUUCAUAGCAAACAACUUGAAACAACUCCUGGUCAUCAGUCCUUGGUUAACCCAUUGGUCAUCUCCUGUUGACCAAGCGAUUAUUUUCACAUUAUAGGGUUUCCAAGCUGCAAUGCAAUAUACAGUGGAGAACUGAAACCAGUGGAAAAAUAUAAACAAAUAUACAAAGAAAUAAAAUAGAGAGCAUUAGCAUUUCCUUAGUGACUGCCACUCAUGACAUCUGUAAAAUUCCACAGCUGGAAUAGUAAAAGACUAUUGCAGAAGAACAAGUAUGCAUUUCAUGUGGAUUUAUCAUGCUCAAUAUUAGCAAAUCUGUCAGUUCCCAGAUCUUGAGCACAGUUC